AUGCCAGCUGAGCCAUGCCCAUCACCCGGCAAAACAGCCUCGGGCCAGCCCCGCAAACCGCGGUCAAAGAGUUUCUCAGGCUGCUGGACCUGCCGCGCAAAGCACGUCAAGUGCGACGAGGCCAAGCCGGCGUGCAAGCGCUGUCAGACCGCGGGCGUCGAGUGUGCGGGAUACGGCGUGAGGCUGUCGUGGGCUUCAGUGAGGAGUCCUUCGACGUUUCGUAGGGGGACAAGAAGGAGGGCGGCGUCGGCUAAAUUGCGUCAGGCAAGGGGGUUGGACGACAUUGAGGAGACUGCUUCGGAGCAGGAUGCCUCACCUCGUGAUGGUGCAGAUGAGAGUGAUCAAGGGGAAGGGCCUUUGAAUGGGGGACCUUCAGACCUUUCGCCUGAGAUGCAGUCGAUCACAACACCCUUUAUUCACAAUCAGCCAUCGGCUUCUAAUCAAGACCCUUUCAACAAUCAUCUAAACACACGGAUAUUUCACUCAUAUGAGCUACUCGGACAAGGGCUUACGACAGGGAGUCCAUAUGUCUCACUACAAGCAACACAAACCCAAUUACCACCGCUUCAAUUGGGCAGCAGUUUCAGUCAGAACACCAUCACCCAGGAUGGAUACAACACACAAAACGCGUCCACACCUGCCAGCAUCACCGGCAUCAGUCCUGGAUCACUACCCCUACCCAGCGUAUCCGACAUCGUAUCUCACUCACCCUCACCGGCCAACACCCAAGGCCCAGGACACACCAUCACACGCCAUCUCGAUAUACUUCCUAACCCCGGCCUACAAUGUGAACUACUCCAACACUGGACACUUAGUCUCUGUGACUCUUUAAAUCCGGUGCCUGGUGUUCUCAAUCCCAUGCGGAAUGCCAUGAUGCCUAUUGCACUAGAAGGAAGCAGAACAGACUCGGAAAAGUCGACCGGCGCAACUGCUUUAUUUCAUUUCAUAUGUUCGGCAUCUGCAUUUCAUCUUGCAAAAACAAGAGGCACAAAGGAGUCUAGACGCGCCCUCGAGAACGUCGCCCUCGAGCAUCACAAUAUUGGCAUCACGCAUCUCUCCCAAAACAUCCGCUCCUCUAAAGAUGGCGCCAAUUGUGUGUCGGUUCUAGCAUCGUUGAUAUUGUGCCUCAUGAAUGAAGCAGUCACGCUGCCCACCACCUUCUGGCGCCUGCACUUCCGCGGCGCGGUAGAGUGGGUAAAUCACAUCGAUCCUCAAGUCUGGCACAGGAGUGAAGCAGCAUCGAGUAUCUACCAGAUGUUUCGCGGUAUGGCGACUGUGGUGCAAGCACAACUGUUGUUUGACGGCCACGAGACUUCAUAUUGGGAGUUUACAAAUGAUCUUGGACCACAACCUGAACCUUAUGUGUUGUACACAGCACUCGGUCUUCCCCAACCGAUAUUCCAAGGUCUGCGUGCCAUGAACACACUCGAAAUGCGCAGGAAGUCCUCAACUGAUAAUGACCCCUCACCCGAGGAGCUCGACCGACUGGAACUUGAACUGUACCUCUCCGCACCCACCAAGCCCGAAGCUUCGGUAACAAGAGAAUACGGUGAUUUGAUUUACCAUCACGGCUGCACCUUCUACUACGCCGCCCUCAUCCAUAUGAAGCGCACACUCAAAGGCAUGCCGCUGGCCGAGGUACAGCCACUUGUUGAGAAGGCGUUGCCUCACCUCGAAGCCAUGCCAGCGGGGACUACCCAACGCUUCUCGCCAAUGAUCUGGCCCGUUGCUAUCAUUGCGUUUGAGAUUGCGGAGGGACCGCUGCAGCAGCGCAUGUUGAAGUCUCUUGCCUUCUUCGAGGAGAGGUCGGAGCUGGCUAUCUGGUCGCAAUUUACACAUCUCGUCAAAGAGCUUUGGGCUUUACGGGCUAGGGAGGGGGUUAACAUCAAGUGGCAUCAGACUGCGUUGGGAUCUAUGCAUAGCUUUAUGUUGAUGUGA